AUGCCAGUGAAAGACAAGAUACGAGGUUCGCAGUCUAGCCCUUCUGAAAUGAGCAGCAAUGUGAAAGAAAUGUACUUGGAUUACAUGGUCGACGUAGCUCAGAUAUUUGGAGCGAACUCUGUCGUUGCGAGAGAAGAUGCGAAUGAGGUCCUGAGCAUGUUCUUGGAGUUGGCAAAGAUGAGUAAAGAAUCUGGAUCAACCAUGAAAACUAUAACGGAGGAUGACUACGAGAGACUCACACUUUCAGAACUGCUAUACAAAUACCCAGUAGUUCAAUGGUUCGAGUUCAUCAAUGGAAUACUGAAGCAGACAGAAAUGAUUGAUUACGAUGAUGAAGUCUUAGUGAUCAACCCAAUUCACAUCAAUAAGAUUGGAGAUUUUCUGAAGAAAACGAAAAAGAGGCCGUUAAACAAUAAAGUGGUUUUCUUGUACGACACAUCCCUCAUUUCUGAACCCCAUCUACAUAUUACAACUGGCGCCCAACGUGGGGCCAUAGGGAGAGUCAGAAUGGAAAAUCCGAGCCCCUAUAAUUUGAGAAAGAAAACUAUGCAGCCGAAAACAGGAACGAUACCAAGAAAUCAAGAAUCUUUGAGAACUUCAGGACAAACGAACAAUAACCUUCCGGUAACACCACAAAGCCACACAACAGGUAUGAGAUUUUUUCCUUUUUCGUCUGGCGCGCAGGGAGAGGAGGAAAAUUCCUCCAAGGAGAAAAAUCCGCCUUCGGCGGCCACUGAUCAGCAGAAUGUGCCCACAUCUCAAGAAAAUCCUUCAGGUGCACCCUGA